GGUACUGAUCUAUACUCCGAUCACACUUGGAAAAUUUAACUUGAUCGUUGCCUCAGCUGAUGAUGACCGAUGAUGCCUAGGAGGCUCAAGUGCUUCCAACUUUGAUGCUGAGGCGCGGUCCGCGCGGAGCUCUCGCACUGCCGUACAUUGAUGCCAGUCAUUUAAUGCCCUAGUGUCAAGCCGACCACCCGCCUUUUCCCCUCACACCUCAGUAUUGUGGGCAUCACAUAGACCGUCAGGCAUGCAGGGACUUACAUGGGUUGCCCUCUUACUUCUAUAUCAUGCAGGUGCUGUUUUAGCGAUCGGCAAUACGACAUGUCUUAGCAGUCAACUGGAUUGGUACACAACCGCGGUUGGUGAAACGCCUUUUAGGCAUGACAUAUCAACGGCUUCGACAAAUAUGCAACAAUGCUUAUGUGGUGGGUAAUUUCACCGCGAACACCCUCGGUGAUCGUUGCAAUGAUCAAGUUUCGGAUUGCUGUUGCAAUUCUGUCGCAUUCGCAUUAAGCAUGCUCUGCAUGAAUUGCCAAGAAGAUGCUGAUCCAGGCGAUGUAGCUGGAAUUGAUGCGGCUCCUGGAACAUACACUACUUAUCUUGCUAGCUGUGGUGCUAGCACAAAUCAGUCACUUCCAGCAGGCAUCCAGCAGGCUGUGUGCAAUGAGAACAUCAAAAUUGAUAACUUUCUGUACAAUAGAUCUUAUUGGUCUGAUGGAUCUUGGUACUAGUGAGUAAAAUAUCGAAGGGGGCAGUAGUUCAUUCCUCACGAUGACCCAGUCGAUGGACAGCGGAUUAUGCAGUAGAACAGCAGGCGAUAAACAAUAACAACACUUUCACGGUUUGCCCAAACCAAGUCUCACCUUCGGCAUCCCUCCCCACAUCUACAACGGUCCCUACUGCAGCCACCUCUCCCACUCUUACUAGUAUUGUCUCUGCGUCCUCUAGCCCUGGGAAUACUAUUUCAUCUACUUCAUCUACUUCACAGAAAGCCAUCAUCGGUGGUGCAGUGGGUGGCGCCGCGCUCACCAUAA